AUGAUGCUUAUGCUUCUUCUAGCAUUGUCUUGUGCAUUAUAUCUUCGCUACCAUUUUAGCGAAGAGGUUAUGGAGGCAAUGAUUCCCUAUGACGACCCAGAGUUCAUUGAUGAUCUCACAUACCUAGUCAAAAACAACAUCAUCCCCAUGAGCCAAAUCGAAGUUACUAUAAGAAGGAUCCUUCGGGUCAAGUGCACUAUGGGUCUCUUUGAAAAACCCUAUGCCGAUCUUAGCUUAGCUGAUAAGAAUGGAAAGAAGGAGCACAGGGAGCUAGCCAGAGAAGCUGUGAGGAAAUCACUUGUGCUGCUAAAAAAUGGGAAGUUGUCUACCAACGAUCCACUGUUGUCUCUUCCUAAGAAGGCAAAGAAGAUUCUUGCCACCGGGAGCCAUGCCGACAACUUGGGCUGUUAA